UGUGUGUCAGGAAGGAACGCGAUGUUCCCAAAUGCCCAAGGAGUGGGUGAGGGCAGCUAUGAAACGGAAGGAAGUAGCUACGGGUUCAAGUUGCAGAGAGGAAUUAUUACAUAGUGUGCGUGUGAAGCGAUAACUGUUACUCAAGAAUUUUCUUUCUAGUCAGAUUAAAAGGAACGUUGCGUUGAUUUAAUGAAAAAUUUAAUAACUGACACUAAUAUUGAAAGUAAGUAAACACUGCAUUGAUUUUCUAUAUGAAUGAAUGACUGAAACUAACGGUAAAAGAAAACAGAACAACAUGAAGAAGUCCAGUUAAAGAAUUUUUCAUUUGUGUGCUUAUAAAGCUUGAUGUCAAUUCAAGUUUUAUCUAAGUACAAUAGCAGGAAAAUGAGACUAGCAAUUGGGUAUUUUGUUUCUGCAAAAUAACCCAAAUUGCACCGGUGAUUUUGUGUCUAAAACAAAAGGGCCGUUAUUAUAAGUGCCUUGAAUCCAUUGGUGAAUUUAAUUGUCGAUUGCAAUAGCAGCGUGUUAAAAAUUAAUAGGAGAAUAGUGAGUGAGCUGGCUAUAAGGAGAAUUCAGGGAUAUGUGGGAAAUCCUUUAAGCAUAAAAUUACUGUUUCUUCUCUACAGAAGAAGAGGAAAACGAAAUCUGAUUAGAUUGACUACCUCGUAAACUUGAAAAGAAAUAUACGUUGGAGAAAACCUGAGUCACCACGAAGAACGUUACGAACCCUCUGUGGACGUCCCCUCAGGUCACCUUCUACAGAGGGGAAGAAGGUUUCCAGACUUCCUGAAGGUCUGUCUUAGAAACGAGGGGAAUUCAGGGCAACGUGAGACGGCAUUUUCUUUCCCCUUACCUCCUCCCCCCUUUGUUUAUUCGCCUGCGGCAAACAUCCCCCGGCGAAAAUUAACUUACAAGUUUACCUUCAAUCCGGAGCACGCUUCCACAACAAAGAUUUUGGACUGAGGAUGGAAUGUGAGGGGCUUGGUUGAUCGAAAGCCCUUGCAGAUUUUUUUUUCUAAAUAAGUAAGAUCUUUCAUCGAUACAUGGAUGCUACUUGCUGUUAAUUUAGAUGCUCAAUCCCAGGAAAUUUUACUGGACGUCAGUGAAUGGUUAGGCUGAAGGAAGAGGUAGAUGAAAAUCAAAUAAUCGAGCUGGCAAAGUUACAAAGCGAGAAAUUGAAGUGAUGACAUCAAAAUGCGAAUUUCUUGAAAUCACGAAAUUUCUGCGAGCAGUAGUUAUGUGGUUUCACUAACUCUCAAUAAUCGUGGAAGGGAUUGUGAUGAGUUCUAUUGUACAUAUUCUCAUGUGUUGAUCAGAAUAGGAUAUUAAAAUGGCUUGCAUCAAAGCCUCUCAGUCGGAUGGAUCGACUGAUGACCUCCACAAAGUUCACCAACCGAAGAACCAGAAGUCAAUAACACAGAUCUAUACGGACUGGGCGAACCAUUACCUGGAGAAGUCACGGAGCCGGCGUCAUAUCCAUGACCUCCAGGCCGACGUCACCGACGGCGUCGUACUGGCGGAAGUCAUCGAGGCAGUUACUGGUCAGAAAGUGCCUGACAUUAACAAGAAACCCAAAAGCUCGUCGCAAAUGUUGGACAACAUUAACUCGUCCUUGGCUUACCUUGGCAGCGUCGGGGUGGCCUUGGACGGACUCACGGCCAAGGAUAUCAAGGACGGAAACCUCAAGGCAAUUCUUUCAUUAUUCUUUGCCUUAUCAAGAUACAAACAACAACAAAAGCAAGCCCAACAGGAACGGAAGGAGCUAGAGAAGCUUCGAGAGAAAAAGCUCGAGAGCGAAAUGGUAACGACAGCUGCAUCAAAGUUAGGAUCGCCGUAUAAGGGACAUGGGGGUGGCGGAGGUGGUGGGGGAAGUGCAAUCCCCACACCAGCCCUUGGGGGUCGAAGGCCCCCAACGGAACACCAUGGUCGGGGCCUACGAAGCUCAACUCCAGCUUCUUCGGCGCCUUCUACAGGUAAGGCAGACGUAAUGCAGCUGAGAAAGUUGUAGGAAGUAAGAUAAGUCGAGCUCUGCAAAACAGAGGCUUCUUGCCUCUAGCCGCUGAUGUCGGUCGAGUCCCGUCAUGGUAAGGGAAAGCUUUCAG